AGACGUUGGACGUAGCGAUCAUCAUUCAUCCCAUUCACAAAUAUCUGGAGUCUGGACGGAGUACAAGGAAGGAUAAUUUGAGUGUUUCAAAUUUUGCACAUGGAAGAAAGUAGGUUGAUGCCCAUGGACGCUGAGCAACUGCGUGACCACGCUCAUAAGAUGGUCGACUUCAUCGCUGAUUACUACAAAACCAUCCAAACUUUCCCCGUUCUCAGCCAAGUCCAGCCAGGUUAUCUUGGGAAGCUUUUACCAGAUUCUGCACCAAAUUAUCCUGAUUCAUUGCAAAAUGUUUUGAAUGAUGUACAGGAAAAAAUACUCCCAGGGGUCACACAUUGGCAAAGCCCCAAUUAUUUUGCUUAUUUUCCUUCCAAUAGUAGCAUUGCUGGAUUUCUAGGAGAGAUGCUCAGCGCGGGUCUUAACAUUGUGGGUUUCAGUUGGAUAACUUCUCCUGCCGCAACUGAACUUGAAACCAUUGUGCUGGACUGGCUUGCAAAGGCGCUCCAGCUGCCUGAUGAUUUCUAUUCUAGUGGGCAAGGUGGUGGAGUUAUACAGGGGACAGCAAGUGAAGCUGUACUUGUUGUCUUAGUAGCUGCCCGUGACAAGAUCUUAAGGAGGGUUGGAAGGAGUGCCCUUCCAAAGCUUGUGAUGUAUGCAUCUGAUCAAACACAUUCUGCUUUACAAAAAGCUUGUCAGAUAGCAGGACUUAAUCCAGAGCUUUGCAGGUUGCUUAAAACUGAUUCUUCCACAAAUUAUGCACUUUCUCCUGAUGUACUUUCUGAAGCAAUUUCAAGUGAUAUUGCUGGCGGUCUUGUACCCUUUUUCUUAUGUGCUACUGUUGGUACCACUUCAUCAACAGCUAUUGAUCCUUUGCCUGCAUUGGGAAAAAUUGCCAAGACCAACAAACUUUGGUUUCACGUGGAUGCUGCUUAUGCUGGAAGUGCUUGUGUUUGUCCAGAGUACCGCCAUUGCAUUGAUGGUGUUGAAGAAGCGGACUCAUUUAACAUGAAUGCACAUAAAUGGUUCCUGACUAAUUUUGACUGUUCAGUACUUUGGGUUAAGGACAGAAGUUCUCUGAUUCAAUCACUGUCUACAAAUCCUGAAUUUCUGAAAAACAAGGCCUCUCAAGGAAACAUGGUUAUAGAUUACAAAGAUUGGCAAAUACCUCUUGGACGUCGCUUUAGAUCAUUAAAACUGUGGAUGGUGUUGCGACUUUAUGGAUUGGAAGGUCUGCGAAGUCACAUAAGAAACCACAUUGAGAUGGCUGCUUAUUUUGAGGAGCUUGUUGGUCAGGACACAAGAUUCAAGGUCAUUGCACCCCGGACAUUCUCCUUAGUUUGCUUUCGGCUGUUGCCCCUUCUAAAUUCUGAAGAUCAUGGCAAUAAACUCAAUUCUGAUCUACUCGACUCAGUAAAUUCAACAGGAAAUGCCUUCAUAACACACACGGUUUUAUCAGGUGAGUACGUUCUUCGUUUCGCAGUAGGAGCACCAUUGACAGAAAGGAAGCAUGUAGAUAUGGCGUGGCAGAUUUUGCAAGACAAAGCCACUGCACUACUUGAGAGUUCAUAGGAUGAAUCUGCUCUCAGCAUCAGCAUUUUGAGACAUCCAGGGUUUCUCAAGACUGCAUUCAUUUAUGAUUUUUUCCCUCUAUAAAUUCCUUCUUUUUACAACAUUGUCAUGUGCUGUAAGCUUGUCAGUUGUCAGAGAUUUCUUUUUUUUUUUUUUUUUCUGAAGCAGCAAUGUUCUUUUUAUUGCAAGUCAAUAAUAUUUUCCAAUUGUAGAUA